ACUGCACGUUUUUUUUUCCAAUUUGUAUUCCGUACUUGUUACAGUCCCAACGCAAUUUUACAAUUUCUCUAGGCAUGCCAGCCGACUCGUCGAAAAAGUUUGCAGUAGGCGAUAAUGAAGGAGCACUGGUAUCACCUCCUACCAAUACUGGAGCCAUGGUUCACACAGCUCAUAAGAAGCCUACCCGACACCAUGUGAAACGAAGAUCGAGUGGCCGAGUUCAUGUUACCAAGUUGGCUCCCAUGGCAAGAGCAUACAGCAGCAACACAAUUCACACAGACGCGGAAGGAGACGAGGGGGUAGUUGAGAAAAAGCCAGUUAUGCGUCGGUCGCAAUCGCAACGGUCACUGCACCGUUUAUCCUCUUUCGAGCGAAAAGGCGGCAUCAGCAACUUAACAGCGGCCAAUGUCCCGAAAUCGCAGCAACCGCCUACGAAGACAACAGUUAACAAUGCGUUGGAGACAGGCAAAGUAACCCCGUUGGCUAACUUACCUACCACGGGCGAUGUCAUAGCUGAAGAACAGAACAAGGAAGAAAAAUCAGAGGACAUAGGCAAACCUACUCCUUCGCAAUCAUCGCCCUCCGCUUCCCAAGACAAUGAAAACGGCAAUUGCACCAUUGAAGAAGAUGUGAGCCAAGAACAUGGAUACCAUCAACGUCGGCGAAGUAACCCCGGUUUCUUCGUUUCCCAACAAGGACCUGCUGCCCCGGUCGAACAGAUUUUCAAUGCAAUGGCCAACAAUCUGGUGGCUCCGGACAAAGCGGCCGUAUCAACCAUCACCCAUGCAUCUCCCACUCAAUCUUCGCCAGUCACGGAUAUAAGUGCUCGAAAAAAGCCUUUACUACGAUCACACUUUGUAGACGAUCAUGCUGAUUGGCAUGCAUCGGCUGUUUCACCGGAUCCUCACCAUUCCUCACAUAGCCGACCGAAUUCUGGAGUGGAUGUUUCGAGGGCGAAGUUUAUGAGUAAUGGUGCAGUGGCAGCAACUGCACAAUCGGCUGGAAUGACACGAACGCAACAAAAGAUGAUGCUGCAGAAACAGCACUCAUUAGUGGAUGAUGAAAACAGUCUGGCUCAUCCCCGGAAUAUGAUUCGCCUCACUCGAGAAUUAGAACGCAUGGGGCGGGAAUAUCGAUGCAUGCGACGAUUUGAGGACCCAAUGAUGGAAAGUUUAUUACGAUGUAUGGCCCAAAAAGAAGAGGAACAACGACCACAAAAGAUGCACCCGCGAUUAGCAAGUCUAGGUGCUCAUCAACGGACAAUGUCAUCUUCUAUCCUGCCUACUGCAUCUCAGUCUGACUCAUCCUUGGCCGUCAAACCUCACGUGGAACAUCGACAAGCCGCUCAUCGACGCCAGCUAUUAUUAAAAUCCCUGGCCUCUUCCAAUCAUCUCCCGAACAAACACCUUUCACAACAAGCGGUUCAAUCACCCAACACACCAAAAACGGGCAUACGAUGGAGCGCCGGAGCUUUCUUAGAUAGAAUGCUCCACGGAUAACUGGUGUCAUUCGAAUCUAUCCGUUCCUUUGUCCGCUCCUUUUACGCCCUAUCGCUCGAUCGAGUGCCUCCAUCGUUGCUGUUUGAACCUCUAAUGUAAUGUAUUUCUUCUCCCGGAGGGUUAUUGUUUUAUUUAGUAUAGGUUGGGUUUUCUUGGGAACGAAUAAUAAAAGACAAUUUUAUA